GCCUGUGGGUUUAUUAUAAGGCGGAGCUCGGCGGGAGAGGUGCGAGCGGGAGCCGAGCUGAGUCGGGAGGAAUCCAGCCGUAGAGAGCGGACUGCAGCCGGCUGACCCCACGCCCCUCGGCCAGGACACCGCACGCGGGGUAUCGCCCAAAGGAGCCGAGCGCAGCGCACUCAGCGGUGCCCGCCCCGAGCCCCGCGCAGUCCGGGCAGCCCCGACCCGCGCAGCCCGCCGCGCCCCCGCCACUGGUCAGGGCAGCAUGAGGCGCGCGGCGCUCUGGCUCUGGCUCUGCGCGUUGGCGCUGCGCCUGCAGCCGGUCCUCCCGCAAAUUGUGGCUACAAAUGUGCCCCCCGAAGAUCAGGAUGGCUCGGGGGACGACUCUGACAACUUCUCUGGCUCGGGCGCAGGUGUUCUGCAAGAGAUCAUGCCACAGAAGACCUCCUCCACCUGGAAGGACAUGGGGUUUCUGACGGUCACGCCCACAGCUCCAGAGCCCACCGGCACGGACACCAUCGCUGCCUCCACCUCCACCUCCACCUCCACCCUGUCGGCUGGAGCGGGAGACGAGAACGGAGGUGCAGUGUUCCUGGUCAAAGUGGAGCCUGGCUUCAGCACCCAGAAGACCACCCACCCACCCAGCGAGACCACGUCACACCCAGCCACCCACCAGGUGUCAACAACGAGAGCCACCACUAUCCAGGCACCUGUCACCUCCCAUGCUUCUAGAGGCAUGCAGCCUGAACACCAUAUGACCUCAGCUCCUGAAGGACAUGGCCAGCUCGACCCUCACACUCUCAGUGUGGAGGAGGGAGGUUCUUCUGCCACCGAGAGAGCUGCUGAGGUUGGAACUGUCACCCAGUUCCCAGCAGGAGAGGGCUCUGGGGAGGAGGACUUCACCUUUGACGUGUCUGCGGAGAGCACGGCCGGGUCUGCUGUGGUGCGUGACCAGCCCCAUGAACCUCCCGUGGGCCGUGGGGCCACCGGGGCCUCACAGGGCCUCCUGGACCGGAAGGAAGUGCUGGGAGGGGUCAUCGCUGGAGGCCUGGUGGGGCUCAUCUUUGCCGUGUGCCUGGUGGGCUUCAUGCUGUACCGAAUGAAGAAGAAGGACGAGGGCAGCUACUCCUUGGAGGAGCCGAAACAAGCCAAUGGCGGGGCCUACCAGAAGCCCAUCAAGCAGGAGGAGUUCUAUGCCUGACGGGGGCGUCCGCCCCUCCCCCUGCCGCUCGCUAGGCCCCCACUUGCCUCUUCCGUGAAGAACUGCAGGCCCCGGGCACCAUGCCUCCUCCCCAACGCUCCCAGCCCCUCCAGCCUGCUCCCCGCGAGUCCCGGGGCACGCUGGGGGCUCUCUGCUUCUCUGACUUCUGCCUGGAGACUGGGGCGCGAGGGCUUUCUGCAUCUGACCUUCCACCACGGCCGGCACCUGGCACCUCCCCGCUGACUCCGUCUCCCAUCUGGAACGGCUCUGGAGAGGGGACCCCACUGCUUUGGACCUGGACGGCUCUGGAGAGGGGACCCUACUGCUUUGGACCUGGACGGCCCGCUGGGGCUGAGGGUUGCCGAGUCCGUCCUCGCACUUACUCGCAGAGCCCGCGGUCUUGGGGGCGUGGACGGCCGAGGGGGGGCGGUUCCGGGCUCCAUCCUCGUGCGCUUUGUGGGGAGGUCUCAUUUAGAUACCGACUUGUUUUUGCACAUGUUUCCUCUAGUUUCUUUGCUCAUAGCCCAGUAGCCUUUAUUACUUUGAAGUGAGGUGCGUUGGUUCGGUGAAGCCCCGUCUUGCUUCCCCAACCCAGCGCCAGGAUGCAGCGGCAGGGCCGAGGAGACUGACUCUCAGCGGGAGAACCAGACCUGGAAGCCAGCUCGGGGCGCAGUUCGUGUGUUGUCUCUUGAGUUUGUCACUCACGUGUGCAACAGGGUAUGAAAUGUCUGGGUGGCCCCGUUGGUGGGCUGGCCGGCCUCGGCUGCCGUGGGCAGUCACGCCCGUGUCCAUGAACUCGGGCGCCGUUGAGGAGCCCACGUGAGAACAGAACCUGAUCCUGGAACCUCAGGCUGGGGACAGAGGCCUGGGGUGAGAGGCGGCAGCAGCCCGUAGAAUGUCCCGCAGACUGAGCUCCUUCCUCGACACCACCUCUGGGAACUUUCUUCUGGAAGGUGACGAGAGGGGCCCUGGGCCCGCCUGGCCUGAGUCUCUCCACGGAGGGCCAGAUCCACCUUCUGUGAGCUCCUGGGGCCCUGCCCUGGGCCGGAACCGGAAUGUUCCAAAGAGGGUUAGUCUUUUGCUUUUGGCAAAACUCUACUUAAUCCCAUGGGUUUUCCCUGCGCUGCAGAUUCUCGGUAAUAAACUUGAAUGGAAAGUGGUCCGUGAGCUCCGCUGCCUUUGCUUCCUCCGUCUGCUGGCCGAGUGGACAUGACCUCUCCUCCAGACAGGCGACGGGGGCAGCACCAGGCUCCUUCCCCUUUCCCGCGGGGAGGGGUUCUGGGGCCAGAGGCCCUCGCGGCGGUUGGUUUUUGGUCUUUUCUAAUAUCCUUCCUGAGGCCGGUCGGUUCAGCCAAGGUCAUGUCAUUCCUGAUGGAAACGUCUGUGUCUCCAAGCUCAAAGCACCUCUCUCCUCAAUGGUGAACGAAGUUGUGCCGCCCCCAGCACAGCGGGACCCGGGGUUGCUGGCCCCAGGGGCUGCCUCAGACACCUCGGACGCCGCCUCUCACACCUUCGCGGAGCCGAGGCCCCAGCCUGGGGCUUCUGGGAACUCCUGUACUUGCUUAUUUAAUUUGACAACGUUCCAGCUGCUCUGUGGCUGCUCCGAGGGGGGACAGAUGUGACGCAGAGAGGUGCGCCGCCAAACGAAGGGAACCUGUGCCCUGUGUUCAAUACUGGGACUUGCUGCCCGGAAUGUGUGACUGGACAUGACUCGGGGGUGGGGAAGGGGUCUGUGACCGUGCUCAUCUCUGCUGGUCCUUGGGACAGUGCCGAGCCUGUGGCUGGGCCCAUUCAUGUAACUCUAAUAAACGGUACUUGUCAU